AUGCGUUCAACUGCGUCGUUGUUUGGUACAGUGGCAAGAAGCUGUAAGGUUCUCAAGAAGGAAGCAACCUCCGGUACCUUGCUGAAAAGUGCUACAAAUCAUCAUUAUUUUGCACAAAAUUAUCAUCAACAAUUGGUGUUGAGAAAUGAGAAACAAGUUCAACCUUCAUCAUCAUCCCAAACGGAAUCACAAAAUCCUUCUGUUCGAGUAGCCAAAGAUCUUGAUUACUUUUUAAACAAGCACAGAUUCGAGAGAAGAUAUCUUUCUCAACAACAACAAGAACAUUUGGGUGAAAUGCUUUCAGCGUCCUCUGCAGAGGCUAGCCCCGAUCAAAAAGCCACGUUUGAAGUCGGCACAAAAACUCCUUCCGAGAGCGAGGUCGUUAUCAAGCUGCCAUUCUCUACUGAUUCGAAAUUGAGAGACAUUUAUACCAAUGCUUUUAAUGGUAUGCGUAUUGGAAGAUUGCUUGAGGAUUUAGAUGCAAUUGCCGGAGAAGUUGCGUAUAAACAUUCGGAUGGCUUUGAUAAACGAAGACCUCUCACAAUUGUGACAGCAGCCAUCGAUAGAAUUGAGCUCCAAAAGCCAAUUAUUCCAUUCUUCGAUUUGGAAAUCGUUGGUAAGGUCACUUUCACGGGCACAUCAAGUAUGGAGAUUAGAAUUGAAGUUCAUAGCAUCAAGAAGGAUAUUCCACUCAAUGAUUCACAAUUAUAUAAGAAUACAUUCACAACUGGAAUUGCAAAUGAGCAGAAGGAGCUUGUGAUGGUUGCCUAUUUUGUCAUGGUAGCUCUAGAUAAGGCCACCAAUAAGAGUACAAAAAUUCACGCAGUUGUUCCACAAAAUGAAGAUGACAAGUUUCUUUUUGAAAUGGGAAAAGAAAACCAAGCAAGAAGAAAAGCUAUGAGUGAAUCAAGUCUCAUGAAAAAACCACCAAGUGACGAAGAGAGAUUGCUCAUUCACGACAUGUUCCUUCAAAAGAUGAAGCAGCCUCACAUUUCAAACGAUUAUGAAUCAACUGGACCAACCAUUCAUUAUUUAUCUCUUGACGGAGGAGAACCACAAGCAUGUAUGCCAAUGAGCAUGACCAAACAAAACAACAUUAUGAUCAUGCAUCCAACCAACAGAAAUAUUCAUGGUAAAAUAUUUGGUGGAUUCUUGUUGAGAGAGGCUUAUGAAAUUGGAUUCAUAACAGCCUACAUGUACACCAAACAUAAGCCUGUGUUCCUUGCUUUGAAUGAAAACUCGUUCUUGAAGCCUGUGGAAGUAGGAAGUGUCGUAGAGUUCACUUCUCAGAUUGUUUACGCAGGAGACAAGUCUUUAGAAAUCCGAGUUGAAGUUUGGGUUCUUGAUCCUCCAAGUGGAAAGAAGUUACAAUGUAAUAUUUUCCACUUUGCCUUUACAUGUCCAAUCGUUCACAAGGUAGUGCCAGACACUUAUGCUGAGGCUAUGCUGUAUUUGGAGGGUAAACGAAUUCACAAGAAAGGAAAAACAAUGGCAGAGCUGUUAAAUUCAAAAUUGGCAGCUUCAUAUGCAUAA